CCGCGGGGCAGCGCUGGAGUGAGCGGGGGCGUCAUGGUGUCCCCGCGGUGGCCGCGUCCCGGCCUGGCGCGGCUCUGGGGCUUGUGCUGCGCGCUGCUGGGCUGCUGGCGCGGCGCGCCCGCCUGCCCCGCGUCCUGCCGCUGCAGCCCGGGGCGCGUCUGGUGCGCGGAGCCGGCGCCGGGCAUCGCCUCCUUCCCCGUGCCGCAGCGCAGCGCCGAGGGACACAAUGUCACCGAGAUUUACAUUGCGAACCAGCAUAAAUUAGAAAGUAUCAAUGACAACGAAGUUGGAUUUUAUGUUGGACUUAAAAAUUUGACUGUGGUGGAUUCAGGUUUACGGUUUGUGUCCCGGCAGGCAUUUGUGAAAAAUGUCAACCUACAAUACAUCAACUUGUCCAGAAACAAGCUCUCAAGUUUGUCCAAGAAGCCUUUUCGCCAUCUGGGUUUGACUGAUCUGAUAUUGCUGGAUAAUCCAUUCAAGUGUUCCUGUGAAAUUAUGUGGAUCAAGAAAUUUCAAGAGGCCAAGUUCUACACAGAAACUCAGGAUUUAUAUUGCACAGAUGACAACARCAAGAGGACAGCUUUGCUGGAUAUGAAGAUUCCAAACUGCGACCUGCCCUCAGCAAAUCUAAGCAAUUACAACCUCACUGUUGUGGAAGGAAAGAGCAUAACACUGUAUUGUGAUACUACUGGAGGGCCACCCCCUAACGUGUCCUGGGUGCUCACUAAUUUUGUUUCAAACCAUGAGAGUGACACAAGCAAAAAUCCUGCCUCGCUAACCAUAAAAAACRUUUCAUCCAUGGACAGCGGACUGUGGAUUUCUUGCGUAGCGGAGAACAUUGUGGGAGAGGACCAGGCAUCUGCCGAGCUCACGGUGUUCUUUGCACCAAAUAUCACAUUUAUUGAAUCUCCAACACCGGACCACCACUGGUGCAUUCCAUUCACUGUGAAAGGGAACCCUAAACCCACACUGCAGUGGUUCUAUGAAGGGGCUAUCCUGAAUGAGUCCGAAUACAUCUGUACUAAAAUACAUGUUAUCAAUCAAAGUGAAUACCAUGGCUGCCUUCAGCUGGACAACCCUACCCACCUGAACAAUGGUGCUUAUACAUUACUGGCAAAGAACGAGUAUGGAGAGGACGAAAAGCGUGUUGAUGCCCAUUUCAUGUCAGUGCCUGGCGAUGGUAGUGGCCCAAUUGUGGAUCCAGACGUUUAUGAGUAUGAAACCACACCCAAUGAUCUUGGAGACACCACAAAUAACAGUAAUCAAAUCACUUCUACGGAUGUUUCCAACAAAGAGAAUGAAGAUAGCAUCACCGUUUAUGUUGUGGUGGGAAUUGCAGCAUUGGUGUGCACUGGCUUAGUGAUAAUGCUAAUUAUUCUGAAGUUUGGAAGACACUCUAAGUUUGGGAUGAAAGUUCAUGGUGAAGUAAAAGGAGUUGGUCUGGUAGAUCAAAUAUGGCUUUCAUUGCAAGACUGCGAUAAUGAAGAACAAGUAAUGGUGACUGUCAACAAUGAUGUACAUAAUAACUCAACUGCAUCUGAUAACAACAGACUGGGUCCUUCUUCAGUAAUCAGCAAUGAUGAUGAUUCAGCAAGUCCCCUCCAUCACAUCUCAAAUGGCAGUAACACUCCGUCUUCUUCUGAGGGAGGUCCAGAUGCAGUCAUCAUCGGAAUGACUAAGAUUCCUGUCAUUGAAAAUCCCCAGUACUUUGGGAUUACUAACAGUCAACUCAAGCCAGACACCUUUGUUCAGCACAUCAAGCGCCACAAUAUCGUUCUUAAAAGAGAACUGGGAGAAGGAGCCUUUGGGAAAGUCUUUCUGGCUGAGUGCUAUAACCUCUGUCCCGAGCAGGACAAGAUCUUGGUGGCAGUCAAGACACUUAAGGAUGCCAGUGACAAUGCCCGUAAGGACUUCCACCGUGAGGCAGAGCUGCUCACGAACCUGCAGCACGAGCACAUUGUCAAGUUCUACGGCGUCUGCGUCGAGGGCGAUCCACUCAUCAUGGUCUUUGAGUAUAUGAAGCACGGAGAUUUGAACAAAUUCCUCAGGGCACACGGACCAGAUGCAGUACUGAUGGCAGAAGGCAACCGUCCCGCUGAGCUGACCCAGUCCCAGAUGCUCCACAUUGCCCAGCAGAUUGCUGCUGGGAUGGUUUACCUGGCGUCACAGCACUUUGUGCAUCGGGAUCUUGCUACCCGGAAUUGCCUGGUUGGUGAGAACCUGCUGGUGAAGAUUGGGGAUUUUGGGAUGUCCAGAGAUGUGUACAGCACAGACUACUAUCGGGUUGGGGGCCACACCAUGCUGCCCAUUCGUUGGAUGCCUCCAGAGAGUAUCAUGUACAGGAAGUUUACCACAGAAAGUGACGUCUGGAGCCUGGGGGUUGUUCUAUGGGAAAUCUUUACCUAUGGCAAGCAGCCAUGGUAUCAGCUCUCAAACAAUGAGGUGAUUGAGUGCAUCACUCAGGGCCGAGUCCUGCAGCGACCUCGCACAUGCCCCAAGGAAGUGUAUGACUUGAUGCUGGGUUGUUGGCAACGAGAGCCUCACAUGAGGCUCAACAUCAAAGAAAUCCAUUCCCUCCUCCAGAACUUGGCCAAGGCAUCUCCAGUCUACCUGGAUAUUUUAGGCUAAUGCCUCCUAGCAUUUCUUCUUAUGGGCUGCGUGAAUGAAUGUGUUCAACUGCCGCUGAACUCCAUUAAAAUGUGUUCUUAACUUUGACAGUAUUAAUGACAAAGUUGUGGAGAAGCUUUCAAAGGGCAAGCAAUGUGCACUUCUCCAUCUGUAGACACAGUAUUGACUUUUAAGACAUUAUUAAGACAUAUUUCUUCUCUCUCUCUCUCUCUCUCUCUCUAUCUUUCAGUUUCUAUCAUUCUUUCUCUCUCCUCUCUUUCUAAACAGUUUGGCUUCUGCAUUAUUGUAACUCUGCAUAGACAAAGGCCUUAAAAACCUGAUCUGUUAUAUCAGCAGACUCUCCAGUUUGCCCACCACAACUAACAAUGCCUUGUUGUAUUCAUGCCUUUGAUGUGGAUGAAAAAAAGGGAAAAAUAUAUUUGACUCGAACUUUGUGAUUUCUGCUGUACAGAAACUGGGAGUUUCUAUGGAUUCACCUCAAUUUUUUUGCUUCAGCAUGUGGGUGGACAAAGAAGCCUACUGUUGUCUACAUGAAGCUUAUUUCUUGUGGGGAUAACGCCAAAUGGCGAAAAAAAAAACAGCAUUUUGAGAUGCACUGUCUGGAGAAACUAUGGGAUCAGAUGGCAUCCAACUCCACUAAAAAAAAAAAAACACUGAAAUGAUUUGAUGGAAGCAAGAGGGAGUUUAGCACUUUCCUGGAGAGAUUGUUCAAGGAGAUGCUUGGCCAGCACUUUUCAUUAACAGAUACAAGUCUAUGGUAAAAGAUAAAAAGAUGCUGCUUGCAGCGCACACAAUUGUGGUACAUCAUGAUAAACUAAACCCAUGCCCAUUUUGUCUUCUGGUAGGAUAUUGUCAUGCCACUGGUAUAAAAAUGUUUUCCAGCUCAUCUUUGGUAAUAAAGGUUGAAGCUAGGCUUAAUACUGUACAAUAUUAAUUUCAGGAUCAAGUGUUGAAAUAACGGUUUUGAUAAGAUAGGGCAAGCUCUUGAUUCUGGGGUAGGUGUAUCCUAUACUGUGCUUGUCCAGGAGCAUAUUCCUUAAUUCCUCAAAACUUUUUUUUUUUUUUGUUUUCAACCAUGCAGCCAAAACUGUGCAUGGUCUUCAUUGACUAAUGCCCUUUGUGCAGAAACUGUCAUUCAUCUUGUAGUACACCCUAUUAGGCAUAGCAAACUCAUAAUGGUAUAACUUAUAUUUCAUUAAAUGGAGCUAAUGGAGGACAUUAGCUGUGUUUAAAUGCCUUUACAAUGUUACAGAUACAAUAGGCUGAUAUUACAUGAGUAAUGUAAAACACGGAGAUUGCUGGUUAUGUUUGAGCCAUGACAGAGAACAGUGGGAUCCCUGGAGAAAACAAAUGUGACUCUGAGGUUAUGGCUUACUAUUCAGAGAGCACACACCCUGAGCUCAGCACCACAUUCGUAUCAGUGCCAGUACUGUCAUUCUCAGCAUCCACUUAAUCUUAAAUUAUUUCUUUUUGUUUGGAUGGGCAUUGUACGUGUACAGCAUUUGCAUGGCCACUUUGUUGAUGACAACUGCAUGGGCAUAUUUGUUUUUUUUUCAAACCGGAGGUUGAAGAUUUCCAAUUUAGACUUAGGAUUAUUUCUAAUAUGAAUUCUUACAAACAAAAACCUACCAUAACCUAUUUCUCAAGACUUUGGCCUCCCUCUGUGAGGGGGCAUUAUUGCAAAAAAGAAGUUAUCUUUCUUUUCUUUUUCUUAUUUAUUUCUUCUUAAUAAUAUGAGCAAGAUCAAAAUAGUCCUUCAUCUAUGUGUUAGGGGUAUUUUAUUUAAUAAAUUAAGCAUUUUAUUUUUGUAAGUGUUUCCAUAACAUUUUUAAUACAUGAUUUGCUUGCAUAUAUUAUUCAUUGAGGCACUUUAGUUUUUUUCUUCAGAAACUUUUYGAAGUAGUAGUAAAGAUUUUGAACAUUUUUGAAAGAAAAGUUUACUGGACAGUGAUGGAGUUUUACCCUUCUCAAUGUCAUUGAAAAGACAGCAUUACAAAUAAACAUGACAGUGUAACUAUAAAGCCAUACUCAGUAUUCUUUAAUAAACUAGGUGUUAUUUCUUAUCUUCUGCUGAACUGGAAACACUGAAAAAGCCAGAGGAAGAUUCCUACAAAAUGGGCCUUAAGAUUUUAUCUAGAAUGUCUUGUAAGUUCACAGUGAAUGUUGGAUAAUGAUGAGCAUCCAGUGAAAUCUAUCUGCUUGAGAAUCUGAAUUUUGCUUUUGAAGGAUUUUGAAGUCCAUUUUCAAUAUAACAGAAGGGGGAGAAGGAAGAUGUCAGAGCCUGCCGAGGCUGUAUGAUGGGAAAGGAUUCCAGGUGUUGGUAAGGGAAGCUUCUGCCUGAUGCAUUCUCUCUUAGUUCCUUAGAAGCUUUAGAAAAAAGCAUCUGAGAUGCUCUUCUCUUGGAAAGCAGGCUCUAGCCUGAAAGCAACCAGGUGGGUUUUGCAAGCAUUGAAAGAAUGUAUACCAAAAAAAAAAAAAAAAAGAAAAGAAAACCAACAACAAACCAACAAGACCCUGAAUUUGUACUUAGAGGCAUCUUCUUUUUGAUUCACUAGUGAGACUCUUAGAGUUAUUUCAGAAAAUAAAUAGUGUUGCAAUGCAUUGUGCAAUAACAUAGCAGUAUGUUAAACUUCUAAAGGACCAAAUGUUCUUCAGAGCCACUGGUAUGGAUAACCUUGACCUAUAUCAUAAAUGUUCUUGAUAGUGCGUAAAAUGUAUAAUCAGAGUAGACAAGCUGUUAACUAUAGCUAUACAUGUUUUGCGUUUAUUCAUGAAAAAGUGGGUAAGUGUAGCAAAAUGAGUAAAGAAGAAGAAAUGUGCUAAAAUCACAGUAUGGGGUGAGUAUAUGUGCACAUUCAUCAUGCUUGCACUGUCAGCUAAAUCAUGUACACUGAGUAAAUAUGACAAUCAAGCUCAUUUAAAAAGUCUGGGCUAUGCUAUAAACUGAUCAUAUAUAUAAUAUAUAUUAUAUAUGUGUGUUUACAUAUGGCAUAUAUAUAUACACACACAUAGCAUAUACAUGUAUGCGUAUGUCUGUUGUAUUUUAUUUAUAUAUGUGCAGACAUGCAUGCACAUUAUGAGCUGUGUGUAUAUGUAUAAAUUUACAUACACCUAUGUGAUUACAAAUGAUAAUUAGAAUAGAGUGCUAUUAAUAAAUUGAUAAAAGUCUGCUGAGUAACCAAAACCAUUUUUUUUUCUUUUGAUGUUUCUUUUUCUAUGUUUUUAAGACUCAACUUUUUAACUGGUGUGCAGCAGAGGAAGUGCUAGAAUGUCAGAGAUACAAUGACAAGCACUUUUUUUCCCCUAACUGAUUGCAUAAAAAUGAUUUACCAUUCCUAUAUCACUUGUUGAUUUCUCACAAGGAAAUGAACAGAUUAGCAUCUAGCUCCAAAAGCAGAGUAUGAUUUACCAUCAUUUUUGGAUUUGUGCUAUUGUUUUAUUGUCCUGGAAUAACAGUGCAGCUCUGUUAGCAUUUUAUACUCAUCUGCGGUAACAAAAAAUUCCAAGAAUGAGCUGGACUGUUCAGACUGCAACACAACUUGUAGGACAGUGGUGAGAACACCAAAAUUCAGCAGUAAUAAUAGCAGCAUUUGCCACAUUUUGUCCUUCACCCUCCAUAAAUCUGCAGAACUCAGUACUGUGUAGAACAGAUAUUUGUAAAGUAGCA